AUGUUCUGGGCGGCCACGUUCGGCACGCUCCGCCCCACGGCAGUGCGCGUGCUGGUGCUCGCCGUGGCCAUGGGCCACGGCGUGGUGCUUCCUGCGCUGGCGGGGCUCAAGAGCGCCAGGGUGGCCGGACUCGGCGUCGUGUUCUUCGCCGCCGCGGAGGCCCUCGAGGUCAGCGAGAACGUCGGCACUGUGAGCGACCACUCUCCGUCGCCCACGAGGAGGCUGUUCCUCGUGCUCCCUGUGGCGGCCCUCAACGCGGUGUUCGUGUACUGGAUAUUCAACUCUCUGUCGAAGACAUUGAACAAGCUCAAGGCGAAACGAAUGACGGCGAAGCUGGAGAUGUACCGGAGGUUGAACAACGCUUUGAUCAUCGCGGUGGCCGUGUCACUCGGUUGGAUCACAUUUGAGGUCCACUUCAAGUCGACGGACGAGUACAACGAACGGUGGCGCGCGGCGUGGGUGAUCCCGGCGAUGUGGCAGCUCAUCUCCUUCUCGCUGCUGUGCGCCGUCUGCCUCAUGUGGGCACCCUCGCAGAGCUCGACGAGGUACGCCUACCUAGAAGACGAGGAGGAGGAGGGCGAGGACGAGGACCGUGACGUGGAGGACACGCGGCCGCUGAUCCGGCCCGGCCCGCUGUCGUACGUGGACAACUAG